AUGGCGUCAGUGCUGGUCGUAUUCGAGAGCGAUUUGAAGGCAGGAGCUGCAUACAAAUUUACGCUCCUUUGGGCCCUGCUGCUCGCCUCGAUAGCAGGCCUCUUCAUACAGUCACUCUCAGCUAACCUCGGGAUUGUCACCGGCAAGCACUUGGCGCAGCACUGUCGCUUGGAGUACCCUUCGGGUCUCAACAUUGUGCUGUGGCUCAUAGCAGAGAUCAACGUUAUCGCCAGCGACAUUCCCCAAGUGGUCAGCACAGCCAUCGCCCUCAACCUCCUCUUCCGCAUCCCCCUCUGGGCGGGUGUGCUUAUAACGGGUUGCAGCGCUCUGCUGCUCCUAGCCCUCGAGAGGUUUGGGGCGCGACCUCUUGAAACUAUAAUGGCGCUGAUGGUGCUGCUUAUAGCGGGGUGCUUUAUAGCGGAGAUGGUCAAGGCGCUACAGCCGUCAGACGUGGGGGAGCUCUUCAAGGGCAUGGUCGUUCCUCAGUUGCAAAAUGUGGGAGCACUUGCGGUCGCAAUCUCAAUCCUUGGCACCACCGUCAUGCCGCACAAUCUCUACCUUCACUCCGCCAUCGUUCUCAGCCGCAAGCAUGCGGGUACCACCCGAGCUAUCAGAACAGCCAGCCAUUACUCUCUCUUAGAGCUCUCCCUGGCGUUGCUCAUAAGUGUCGUCAUCAACGUGGCAAUCAUUGCUGUAGCCGGCGCUGUCUGCCACUCCGCCAGUCUGCCGCCCGGCGCCGCUGAAGCGUGUGCCAGCAUCAGCAUCAGCAACGCGCACGUGCUGCUCACGGAUGUACUGGGAGGAUGGGCAGGGACGCUGUUUGGAGUGGCGCUGCUGGCAGCAGGGCAGAGCAGCACGGUCACUGGCACGUACGCCGGGCAAUACGUGAUGCAGGGCUUCAUCGAGCUCCGUAUAAGCACGUGGCUGCGCAACCUCAUCACGCGCCUGAUCGCCAUCGUGCCGGCGCUACUAGUGGCUCUCCUCUUUGGAGCCCAGGGGGCGAGCCUCCUCAUCAUCCUCUGCUCGAUUGUGUCAUCCUUUGGUCUGCCCUUUGCGCUCAUCCCCCUGCUUAAGUUCACCAGCACCACUCUCAAGAUGGGCAUGUUCGCCACACACGCCUGGUUCACCAGCACCACUCUCAAGAUGGGUAUGUUCGCCACACACGCCUGGGUAAGCAACCCCUCAAUAACCUCACCUUAG